AUGGUGAAACCGCCCAAAACGAUGCAGCCCGAAGCCGUGGACCUCACGAAAACAGGACGAGCGGCAGGCAAAGCCUUUCAGGAAGACACGUUUCAUCUCUACAUGGCUCGAAAAAUUGAUCUGCAACGCCAGCAAAUGGGUCUCGUGUUGCCUCCGGCGCCGGAUGACGCUCUGGGGACUGUCCAAGCGCCGAGCACACCGCUGCGAGACCGACAGGUACACCGAUACAUCCCACGCGAGGAUUCUGGGUCGCCUCACAAGAGAAAUAUUUCGGUGCAAUUCUCUCCCAGUGUCGUGGAUAACGCCAAGCCACCUCGUGUCCAGAAACGCCCCCGCUCGUCGUUGGGCUUGACUUCUGUCCUGAAACGUCUUCAACGUCGACACGGAAAACCACGCAAAUCCGGGCGACGAGAGGAAUCGCGACGACAUCGAACCCCUUCCGCAUCCGAACCCACCGUUCCUUUACUAUCCCAAACGUGCGGCGACCUUGAUGUUUUAGUCGAAACCAACACAACAGAGUCCGGAACGAAUUUGUCGAACAGUGCGCAGACCCCCGAGACAUGCCGUAUACCCGAAUCGGGCUCCAUCCCCACUUUCCGGACGGACGCGGCCAUGGACCCUAAUAUCUCGCCACCAUCCGUGUCGCCGCCAGUGGGACGUAGAUCACGACCGGAUCUGUUCUUUUACGGAAUAUGUGUGCUGGUGAAUGGAUACACAAAUCCCGAUACGGAGACUUUGCAACGAAUCUUGCACCGACACGGAGGCGACUUGGAAAAGUACGAAACCUCACGCAUUACCCACGUCAUUGCCGAACACCUGUCGACGGCGAAAGCCAACAUGUACAAACGACGUAAGCGCAAUCCCGUACCGGUCUGCCAUCCGUCCUGGAUCACCGAUUGUGUCCGAGCCCAAAAGCUUUUGCCCUACGCCGAGUAUUUGCUGCCCGAAAUUCGGGACCAAAACGAAGGAAUGUCAUCGAUUGCGACGCUUUUUCGCCAGAGUCCCGCGGACACGAAACCAGUAACUGUUAUGAUGGGUCCUGUAGACUUCAAUCGCCGAGGAUUGCACGAGUCCACUCACACUACUGUCGAGCGUCCGAAUUCGUGUGUCGAAACAGUCAAGCCGGACGACUCUUCUAAUGACAAAGGACCAAUGAAGCCCCUUCAGUUACAACAGACAGAUGGAAAAUAUAUCAAUGGACAAAUCCGAACGGUUGGGACGGAUCCAGACUUUCUCACCUCCUUUUUCGAAAAUUCCCGUCUGAGUUUCAUUGGUAGCUACAGACAGCGCGUCAUUACGCGUACCAGUCCCGCGAAACAAAGCCGUUCCUUAGACUCCCGACGAUUCGUCAUGCACGUCGAUAUGGACUGUUUCUUUGCUUCGGUAGUGCUCCGAAAAUUUCCUGAGUACCGAGACAAGCCCGUCGCCAUUUCUCACAACGGCCAAUCUGACGAUUCAUCUCGAACCAACGGAGUCCUUCAAGUCUCGAAAGACUCAACAUCAGAGUGUGCGACUUGCAACUACGAGGCACGAAAGUAUGGCAUCAAGAAAGGCAUGUACUUGGGACGUGCCAAGAUUUUGUGUCCAGAACUCGUCGUCCUACAAUACGAUUUUGACGGUUACGAGGAAGUUGCGGAGCAAGUCACAGAUAUUCUGUUUGAGCAUGCGUCCAGAUUUGACGGAACCGUGGAACAGGUCUCUUGCGACGAAUCGUAUAUCGAGUUGUUUUUAUCGGACGAUCCCACCGUUACAGCUCAGGAGCAAGCCGCAUCGUUGGCCGAGAUGAUUCGGCAGCAGAUUUGGGAAGCUACACAAUGCACUGCAACCGUUGGUGUUUCCAAGAACAAGCUUCUGGCCAAGCUUGCUACGGAUAAAGUCAAACCAAAUAGGUCUCACUUGGUCGAGAGCCACCGAGAACUGCUGCAGGACCUGGAGCUUCGAUGUCUACACGGAAUAGGUUAUAGAACGGAUCGAAAGCUGGCCGGAGAGGAAUUGGUAACGAUUCAGGAUGUCUGGAAUCUUGGCGAUCACGCAGAAAGUGAGCUGUCCCGAAUUUUGGGCCCGGGAUUGGGAAAGAAAAUCUUUGGUUUCUGCAAUGGAGAGGACGAUCGACCUGUACAAGCAGCUGAGCGAAAAACGAUCGGGGCUGAGAAUCGAUACUCGCUAGUGUGCUCAACCUAUCCCUUUUUCGUGUACAAGUGUAACUACGGUGUUCGAUUUGAUGGACCAUAUGGAGUCGACUACAUGAUAGAUGGGUUGGCAAAGGAAGUUUCGAAACGGAUGGAGAAUGUUGGGACGAAAGGAAUACGUGUGACCUUAAAAAUUAAGCAGAAAAAAGCUGCUGCUCCGCCACCGCCGAAAUUUUUGGGUCAUGGGAGUUGCCACAACCUAUCCAAGAGUAUUGAUACACGAAAUAGUGUGCCGACAAGAGAAUGGGCGGAAAUUUCACAUCUUUGUCAAGCUAUGUUUGUUGAGCUUCAGGUAGAUUUAGAGGAUGUGCGUGGCAUGGGAAUAGUUUUGAGCAAACUGACACCGGAUAUGGGAACAGCAUUGAAGAUGCCUGACUCAAACCAGUGUAUGAGGAAAUGGUUUCAAUCCGUACCCGACACAAAUAGGAAUUCUUUUUCCACAUUCGAUGGAGAUGACUUAAAAGGGUUAAUUGGGAAGCAACAACAUUUUUCGGAGGAGCAGGCGAGGGAUGACGAUCUUGGAAUCCCCACGACGAAGGAUGGCAUUGUAGUACUUUCUUCCACACAAGAUUCAGUACAGGUCGUGGACGACACGAUUGCCAGCCAUUUGAGGAACAGAGAUGAGGACUUUGAUUGUGAUAUUGCUAUUCCUACUCUCAGUCAAAUUCAUAUGAGUCAAGUUGAGUUGUUGCCGAGUUCUAUGAAGAAGCAAAUUAUGGCUCAGCUAGAACAGAAACGAAACUUAGAAUUUGAAGACACUGCAUAUUUUGAUUCCACAAAGGUAGCUCGCUUUCGUCAGACGGAUGUAAAAAGACAGCUCACGUUCGCCUCUUCGGGUUCACUCCCCACAGUUUUCCGGUUAGCUGCGGUCAAGUCUGGGGAAGACUCUCUCGCCGAUACUUUAGGGGGUGCUGUCUCCUUGACUCAGUUUGGUACCCUUCCGUUAAAGAUGCAGCUACAAAUUGCGAACAACGAUGGCUGUUCAGUAGGCCUUGUGUCGCCGAGACAAAAGGCCCACAAAGCUGUCCUCCGCGAAGAAGCUCAGGUAGCGGUAGAAAGACAGAAGCGAAGAUCAUCUGCGAUUAGGACGAUGCAGGCCGAUCAGUCCAUGGCGAUAGCGAGUAGGCGUGAGACCGUGAAAUCCUCGACCGCACCGCAGACAGCAUGGAAAAAAGUACAGAGGCGGUGA